CUUUUAGCCGCUGUUAUUGCAGUUUUUUAAAGAAACCAUUAAUUUCCAUCGCUUAUCAUAAACACUCGGCAAUAGAUCCUUGUAAGAUAUUAUUAACAGAGGAGCCUUGAACAAAGACUAAUACCACUGACAGCGAGCAUGCAGUAUUAGCAGCAACAAAGGGGAGCAGGCGGCCGAACUCUUGGCUCAGCAGACGUAAGAAAAUUCAUCCCAUCCAGCAGAUAACUUGAGCAUUUUAGGAUCAUCAUGGCUCAAGUUAUUGAAUAUCUCGCUGAACAUCCAGUGGUAGCAGUAGCAGCGACUGCGGCAGCGUUAGGAACAACGGCCAUGAUGUUUGGGGGUCAACAACCCGUCAAGCCACCCUUCUCCUUGAGCCAGCAAUCCGUGGAAUUACCCGGACCAGAGCAUAUACAUGUUAGCCCCCUAUGCGAUUAUAAGAAUGGACAACAUGUCGUUGAUGAACCGUGUUAUGCUGAAGUACCGACUUGCUACGAGACACUCCUCCACGGAAUGAAAGUAUCAGGGGAUGGUCCGUGUUUGGGUUGGAGAACUUCCUCUGAGGCUCCCUUUCAAUGGAUGUCAUACAGUCAGGUUCAAGCCCACUCACUGUCCCUUGGGUCAGCUCUGAUCGAGAGGGGAUGCACUCCUAGCAACUCCACAAAUAUUGGUAUCUUCUCGCAGAACAGACCAGAGUGGGUGAUAAUGGACCGAGCCUGCAUUGCGUUCUCUAUGGUCGCUGUGGCUUUAUACGAUACCCUAGGCAACGAAGCUUGUGAACAUAUCAUUGGCAUCACUCAAAUGUCGAUCAUCUUCAUCGACAAGGCUGCAAAGUUGAAGACCCUUCUAGGAAUCCUCAAUGAAUCCUCGACGGUGAAACUGAUUGUCCUCAUGGACGGACCCAUCCCUGACGAGAUGAAGAUGGACUUUGAGAAGCAAGAGAUUGAGAUAAUCCUUUAUCAAGAUCUGAUGGAGAUUGGGAACAAUAAUCCACAUGAGCCUAAGCCACCUUCUAAAGAUGACACCUGCUCUAUCUGUUUCACAAGUGGCACCACAGGUAUUCCGAAGGGAGCGAUCAUGACACACAACAACUUCAUGACGGACAUUAAGGGACUCGAGAUGUUCUCAGAGGGGAAUUGUUGGAUGCGUGAACAAGACACUCAUCUGUCGUAUCUUCCCCUAGCGCAUCAGUAUGAGCGACUUGUUUUGUACUGUCUGAUGCAGCAAGGAGCUCGCAUUGGAUUCUUCCAAGGAGAUAUUAAGAAACUCUUGGAUGACGUUCAGGCCUUGAAGCCCACCGUCUUCCCAUCGGUACCCCGCCUUCUCAAUAGAAUAUACGACAAGGUUUUGACGUCCGUCAACAGUGGCAGCUGGAUAAAGAGAGCUCUUUUCAAUUUUGCAUUCAACAAAAAGAAAGCGGAGGUUAAAAGUGGUAUCAUCAGAAAUGACUCGAUGUGGGAUAAGCUGAUAUUCAACAAAAUCCAGGCUUUGCUCGGUGGCAACGUGAGAUGGAUCAUUACAGGAAGUGCCCCACUGUCAACGGACGUCAUUAUGUUCCUUCGAGUUGCUUUCGGAUGCUUUGUAUCUGAGGGUUACGGACAGACAGAAUGUACGGCUUGUGCGACUCUCACUGCACCGGGAGACCCAUCGGCCGGGCACGUUGGUGCGCCCAUCCCAUCCUGCAUGAUCAAACUGGCUGACGUACCUGACAUGAACUACUUUGCAGAAAACAAUAAGGGAGAGGUUUGCUUCAAAGGUCCAAUCUUAUUUAAGGGUUAUCUGAAACAACCAGAGAAGACCAAGGAAGCGAUUGAUGAAGAUGGAUGGCUGCACUCUGGGGAUGUUGGAGAGUGGCUACCGAAUGGAACGCUGAAAAUUAUCGACCGUAAGAAACACAUCUUCAAGUUGUCCCAAGGAGAGUACGUUGCACCUGAGAGACUGGAGAGCGUUUAUACACAGCUCCCUCUAGUGGCACAGGCAUUCAUCUUCGGAGAUAGCUUAAAGUCUUGUCUUGUGGCUAUCAUCGUUCCAGAUGAGGAGGAACUCAAGAAAUACGCCGGCAAAAAUAAUCUGAGUGGAUCCUUCAAAGAACUCUGCCAGCUCAAGGAAGUAAAGGCGGCCAUUUUGAAUCAAAUUGUGACCCACGGGAAGGAAGCAGGACUGAAAGGCUUUGAAUUGACAAAAGACAUCCACAUCCACGAUGAACUGUUCAGUGCUGAGAACGGUCUCCUGACUCCUACAUUCAAGAACAAGAGAGCGACUAUCGCUGACUAUUUUAAAGAUCAGAUCACCGAAAUGUAUCGUCCGCUGUGAAGAUGAGGAAGAACGUUGGAACAAGAUUCAUGACCGAUCUUUGGCUUUGAAGUGGUUUGUCUACCCAUUGUGAGAUUUCAAUUUCUUGUCAAUUCUCAAGAUGUCAACGCUAAAUAAGAAAAGAAAACUUUUGGGCUCAUGGUUUCUUUGAAGGUGCACCUGCACUAAAUGUAAAUGCACAAAAUAUAAAAUACAACCUCAGAAUGUAAAUUAUUAAAAUCGUCUUAUAGAUUAAACAAAUGUUUCAUUCUUUCUUAGCAUUAUUAACAGCAGCUUAGUGCAUGUAAUUUUGCCGCAAAUAUAAUCAACUUUUGUAAUUUGUAAUCUGUACCAGUAUAUUGCCAUCCAUCGGCUCAGUGCUAUAUAAUGUCGUCAACAUUUGCAAUUUAACUUCUGUCAAAAACAGAAGGGUGUAAAGUGACAAAUGCAGAUAAAUUUGAAUCAAAAAUUUAUCACAAAAUGAAGAUUGAAUAUUUUCCCUACAGUUUUAUGUUUGCAAACAAAACCUUUAGAGAGCACUCUCGAUCAAUGAGUUCUAUUCACCAGGAGCUCCAAAAUAUAAAAAAUCCAUUUCAUGAAACCCGUUCAAAUUGAACUAAUGACCUUAUUGUCUUGAGCUGAUGGUGUACUGAUUUUUUUGUAUUUAUUCAAGUGAAGGUGGCUUUAAACUCAAGCUUUUUCCGUGAUCGUUGGUGCAUCACAUUCUAACCCAAUUUUAUCCAAGAGGAACGGUCUGCUGGCCAAACAUUGUCUGUAAUAUCUGAGAACUUGUUCAUCGGAGAAGUUCUCUCAUACUCCCUGCUGCAACAGACAAAAUGUCAAGAUAAUAUUCGAAAGGAAAGAUGAACCAGUCUAGUUUGAUAGCGAUCACUGGGUUAUCAUGACACUAUGUCCUUCAGUAAGAUACUUACCCAUAAUUGCUUCUCUGCACCCAGGAGUAUAAUGAGAAGCAGUAGUGGAUUACCCCCUCAGCGCUAAGUCAAGCAGCUUGGGGGUGAAUGCUCCCCAGGAAGUUGAGAGUUUGAGGAAUGGUUUAAAAGUCUGACAGAUGAACAGGGAUGUUUUGAAGCCCCUUAAUCCAACUACUAGGAAAUGUGAGCUAAAACCUAAUAUUUUGUAUUACUAUAAUAGUAUUUUAGAGAACAGGUCAAAGGUCAUAGAUGCACCAAGUGUAAAGGGAAAGUUUGAAAACAUGGUACCUUAAAAAAACACAAAAAAAAACACUAAGAGCUUAAAUUUUUGUAUGUUAUGUAAAACAUGACAUGUGUGGUGGUAAUGAUGUUGUUAUGAACACAAACUGUUUCAAUGUAAUUGCACUUUGUGUAAUGUCAUAGAAUUCGAACACUGAGAAUGCUGAGUGGAAUUUCCCUGUUGUCUGUUUUUCGCUGUGCACGCCCUCUAAAAUGGCAGCGUGCAAAAAAAUUGCCUUAAAGCGCAAGUAACUACCUCACUCAGCAUUUUAAGAGUUCAAGUCCUAUGUGUAAGAAGUAUUGUUGAUAUAAUUUCGAUAAGAAAACCAUGUGAAGUGGCGUAACAUUCCUGUGCUACAAAAUAUGAAUAUGACAUGCUACGAAGUAUUAUUAUUAUUACAUUCACGCAUCCAUACAGACGUUAUUGGUUGGCAAAUGCUAUAUAGUUGUAAACUAGACAGAAUGACAAAAUGUGCAUGUGCCUCACACCACUAUCAGUCCAUUGCAAAAGCCCACAUUGUUCGUUCAGUGUGACCUACAUGCCUGGUGCCCACCACUAGUGUUGGUGUGCACUUGCCAGGUCUUGAAUGUGGCAAUUUUCCUCUGGUAAGGGGCACUUCUAUGAGCAAAUUGAAAACUGUACAGGACCUUGCACAGGGCACCAUUACAAAGCACAGGGCACCAGGGCAUUUAUUUGGCAAUGUUCAAUGUAGGUAUUUUAUGAGAAUGGUCUAUUAUGAAAUUUAUGACUUUGACAAUGAUGUUCUAUUUUAAUGCAGGGUAAUUAAUGGUUUUAAAUGACCUAUUAUACUACAGAUACAUAGGCAGAGAUGUUUCAGCCCUGCCAUUCUUGUGAAUAAAUUGGGAAAUUUUAACAAUUAAUUUUGUUUUGUACUUAAUCAUGUACUUUAUCUAAUUUGAUUAAACUUAUUUACUUUGUGUAACCAUAGAGUGUAACCCAGUCACUCAGACUACGUUUUUGUAUUUGAUCAUUUAAAAUGACCUGAAUUAUUUUUGUAUACAAAUUAAUGAACUAAGGGAAAUAAUACUAAAAUUGAAACAUGUAAGAGAAGCGCAAUUAAAUGUUAUUAUAUCUGCAAAGAAAAUGCACAGAA